UAUAGAGGACGCUGUACAGGAAACGAGUUUACGCAUGUCAAAAUAUUUCAGAAGCGAUGAACAUGAGAAUGAUCCUGAAGUAACGUUUAAGAAUAUUUAAGCUGUUAUCAAAAUGUCUUACAGGGAUCUAAGAAAUUUCACAGAGAUGAUGCGGGCCCUUGGCUAUCAUCGUCUCAUCUCUAUGGAAAACUUUCGUAAUCCUAACUUUCCCCUUGUAGCAGAAGUCCUCACUUGGCUAGUGAAAAGGUUUGAUCCUAAUGCUGAUGUACACUCAGACAUCGACACAGAACAGGACAGGGUCAUAUUCAUUAAGUUAGCAGCUGAGUUUAUGGCAACAAAGGCUCACAUCAAGCUGAACACCAAGAAACUGUAUGGUGCUGAUGGCUAUGCUGUAAAGGAACUCCUUAAAGCAACUUCAGUCCUGUACAAUGCCAUGAAAACAAAUGUGGUCCAGUCUUUGGAGAACCCAGAUGAAGAUUCUUCUAACAUUUCAUUUGAUGUCUCAUCAAAGAUAAGUGACCUCAAAGAAGCACGUCGACUGGCAUCAGAAAUCACAUCCAAGGGUGCAAGCCUGUACGACCUUCUGGGGAAGGAGGUCGACCUAAGGGAAAUGCGCGUGAUGGUGGUUGGUCGCACACUGGAGAUCAAUGAAGUGGAGAGUGGUCUACAAGCAUCCAUCAGGGCUGUUGAGAAUGAAAUAAAGAAGACUCUUAAUAUGCUGGACAACGUUGCAUCAGAUGAGGCCAACUUAGAGGCCAAGAUUGAGAAGAAGAAGACGGAGCUGGACCGUAACCAGAAGAGGCUGCAGACUCUCCAGAGUGUCAGGCCAGCCUACAUGGACGAGUAUGAGAAGCUGGAGGAAGAUCUACAGAAGCUGUACGAUGCCUACCUCAUCAAGUUCCGCAACCUCACCUACCUGGAACAACAGCAGGAGGAGUACCACCGUGUCGAGGCGGAUAAAAUUGAGGAGACGGAGGCAGUGUUGAAGGUGAUGGCAGAGAAGAUUCGUUCUGAGGAGAGGAAACAGCAGCAAAUAACACCUGAUGAUGAGCAGGAUGACGACAUGUUCGGUCCAGAUGAUGAUGAUGACAAUGAAUCCGAGGAUGAACAGGUUGAGAAGCGAGAGAGGCCAGUCCACCAUCGCACAAGACCUGAGGCGGCUACUGGUGCCAGGACAAUAGGAAACCGGAUGGUGAGGGGAGCCAUGAACCCAGACAUCAGUGAGGAAAGUGGGUCGGAAGGGUCAGGGGACUCUGAGAUUGACCUGGAUGAUGAUGACGAGGACGAUGAUGAUGACGACGAUGAUGAUGAGGAGGUGGAGAUGGGACCAGGGCCCCCAAGGAGACGGACCCAACAGCCACAACCAGGACUCGAUGAUAGUGACAAUGACUUCUAAAUCUCCAUAUCUCACAUGACAUGAAGCAUGGCUCUCCACAUUCCACAUGGCCUCACUCCCUUCGUGCAGUGACAGCUGAAUCUCAAACUUAUGGUCAUUUUCAGAAAAGAAGCUCAGAAAAUAUUUGACAUAUCAAUUGCUGACAGUACAUCUGUUUAAUUUUAUAGUUCAUUACUUUCCUGCAUUUUGUUCAAACGGACGUCAUUGCCUUGGAAGUAGGUCUGAAGCCAUUGUGUCUCAUUAGCCUUGCCAUCAUUCUCCCUCCGUAGCUGUACAGUAACAUGAGAGUUCUCUGGUAGUUUCAGGUGAGUUCAUUGUGAAACAGACAGUGAGGGAACACUGUGGUCAUAGUGUUUGCUUGUCAUGCUGAAUGCCCGGGUUUGAUGCUACUGAUGGCUACAGUGUGUGAAACCCAUUUGUAGUGUCUAACACCAUGAUAUCGCUAGAAUAUUCCUCAAGUGGCAUAGAAGCAGAAGCAUUCAUUGUGUAAACACCUGUCACAGACACGGUAUGGUCAAACAUUGGUUAACCUCUAAAUGUAGAACUGAAACAGUGUAGUGUGUAUCAGGUAAGAUGCAGAACCGUUUUGCCGACAUUUGCUAUAACAUCCUUGUGAUAUACAGCAGUCAUUCACCUUCAACGAAAUAGUUUCCAUUGCUAUGUGAUUGUGAAUCACUUAUGAAACUGUUCCCUACCUGCAAUCUCAGCAAGAAUUGGCCAGAAUGUCAUGAAUGAUUUUACAAUGAAUUAACAAGUCCGUCCAAAUGAAUCUGUUGUGUGCCUUCUGAUUCUCUGAGAGACUCUUGCAAAUUGUACAUGGUGACCCUGUUUCCUCAGUAGCCUACUGUCAGUAACUAUUGGUUACAGUCCCACCAACUUGUUGAGUGUUCAACACCCAUAGUUCAGGAUCAUCAUUGUUUGAGGUUUUCUUCAGGAAUCUGAACUGAUUUAUAUAUUUCACAAAGUAUAUCAUCAUAUCUGUAUAUGGUACAUUGUGGAAAACAAGUCCACAUGUUUCACACCUACUCCUAGAGAGAGGCUACAGACUCUAGCGGUAUCAGGGAACAUUGAACCAGUUGUUUUAACCAACUGUCACCUUAGUGUAGCAAACAGCUCUCUUAUCAUUGUAAUUCCUCUUGAAGGGAUUUAAGAAAAGGUAUUAAUUUUCACUUUUAUGGGAAAGUUGUUUAAGAGUUCCAGUUGUGAUUGUGAGGAUACAGAUGGGAAGGGCAGAUGAUAACAACCAUCGUUGUAGUAGACAACUCAGUAAAACCAUAAUGAUUCAUCUGCAUUGGUUGAAAGGAAGAGUUCUCGCCAGUCUCACCACAGAUGUGAAACAUGUUGACUGGGUUUUUCAAAAUGUUGUAAAAAAUGAUUGGUUUAUAGCUGAAUUGUGUCAUUGUUGAUCAUGACUUGAAGCAAUAUCAUGCAAAUUUAACAGUAUGGAAAAUGUGUUGUUGACCAUUAUUUGAUGGUCAAUGUUGUUGAAAUCUAUUAGAGUAUUCUCACAGAAUUCAUGGACUCAGAAAGAGCUGAUUCAGCAGUAUUUGUACACAUGUCUGUGAUAUUAAAUACCGUGAAAAAC